AUGGUGAAAACAAAAAACGCCACACCUCGAGUCGUCCCGCCUCUCUAUUCUCCAUCUUGGUAUCGGCCCCAGACGGUCGUACAUAGAGAGGAUGCAAAGCCAAAGCCUCCCUUUGUUCCAAUCAUGAGAACCAAGGCAGGGAAAACAAAAUGCUCAGAAAACAGGGAGACCCGCGGACGCCAGUUCGUUACGUCAAUGCUUCUUUCUCUUCCUCCCCUCUUGCUCUUUCACUCUCUCCGCCUUUGGAAUGCCAUGUCCGUUCAUCGUUGGGUUUCG